UUUUAUCCAACCAUUCUUUAUUCUUUCGUCAAAAUCAAAACUUUAGUUUUUUUCAUGCAAAAUGCCUCACAACAAAUCAUAUAUUCAUAGUUUUCUUACAUCACACACCACCAACUCCCCUUUUUUUUUUGCCUUGCCUUUAUCACAUUCUUUGUUGUGUGUGAAUGAUUGGAAUCUGAAUCAAAGUGCAUAUUCCUUUGCCUGUAGGUGUCUUUUAUUAUCUGUGGGUUUUUUCAAGUGGGAGAAUUUUCUUUGAUGGAAGAUGAUAGCCAGAGCUGCAGCAGCCGGCAAUCCGAGUGGUCGCCGCUUCAAACCCGAAAACGGCGGCAGAAAGUUGAAGUCUUUCAUGAAGUGUUGCAUAGGUUGAGAGAAUUGGAUACUGAAGAGGCUUCUGAGCCGGGUUUUGAAGAUCAACUGUGGGCUCAUUUCAACAUGUUUCCUCUUCGCUAUGCUUUGGAUGUCAAUACUGAAAGGGCAGAGGAUGUCCUGGUGCACAAGAGAUUAUUGAGCAUGGCCCGUGAUCCUCUCACACGGCCAGCUGUCGAUGUGCGCCUUGUGCAGGUUCGCCCCACCUGUGAUGGAAAUUCUGGCAAUACUGUCCAUUCAAGCUUCAGUAAAGGAGGGAAUGGUCUGCUUUCAGAUAGCAUUCACCCUCCACCUGCGUUCGGCCCAUCAGCAAAUUUUGAACUUGCCUAUGAAGGGAACGAAUGCGAUGCCCAAGAUGAGAAUAGCUCCGUGAGUAAAAAAUCGUUCUUUUUGCGGCCAAUGCAUGAAAUAACAAUAUCAACGAAGGACAAAACCAAGCUGCUUAGUGGGUUAACAUGCCUUAUGUCUGAGAUUGGCUUGAACAUCCAAGAGGCUCAUGCUUUUUGCACAGUUGACGGGUACUCACUCGAUGUCUUCGUCGUUGAUGGUUGGGAAGAGGGCGUUGAUCGUCUCAGAGCCACACUAGUGAAAGAAAUUCCAUACAUUGAGAAACAGUCAGUUAAACAAGAGCUAUUAUCUCCUAUCGUCGGGCUGGGGCAGAGUGGAUUUAAUAUACCUUCGUGCCAUGUGGAAAUUCCUAUUGACGGGAACGAUGUCUGGGAAAUUGAUGCCAAUUUGUUGGAGUUUGAAUACAAGAUCACUGCAAGGUCAAAUGGAGACAUGUACAAAGGUUUGUUUCGUAGUCAAGAUGUGGCCAUCAAAUGCUUCAAGACUGACUCCCUUAACAAAGACGUGCAACGUGAGUUCACCCAAGAAGUUUACAUAUUGAGGAAAGUUCGGCACAAAAAUGUCGUACAAUAUAUUGGUUCAUGUACGAGACCUCCACUCCUGUGCAUCGUUACUGAAUUUAUGUCGGGUGGAAGUGUGUACGAUGCCCUGCAUAAACAAAAGGGUGUUCCCAAGCUUCCAGCCACGUUGAAGGUUGCGAUUGAUGUCACUAGGGGAAUGAGCUAUUUGCAUCAAAAUAACAUAAUUCACCGGGACCUAAAGGCUACUAACCUUUUAAUGGACGAUAACAAUGUGGUAAAGAUUGCUGAUUUUGGCGUUGCUCGAGUACUGGUUCAGUCGGGAGUUAUGACUGCAGAAACUGGAACUUAUCGCUGGAUGGCACCAGAGGUUAUUGAGCAUAAGGUGUAUAACCACAAAGCCGACGUUUUCAGCUUUGGGGUUACACUGUGGGAGCUUCUAACCGGAAAGGUUCCGUAUGCACAACUGACUCCUUUGCAGGCGGCUGUGGGAGUCGUCCAGAAGGGUCUAAGGCCAACAAUACCGAGGCACACUCAUCCGUUAGUGGUGGAAUUGCUCGAACGGUGCUGGCAGCAAGAUCCAUCUUUAAGGCCUGAGUUUUCUGAAAUCACUGAGAUCUUGCAAAGCAUAGGCAAAAAGAUCUUCGAAGAAGAGAGAGCUACCAAGAAGAGAAAUCUGGAAGAGUGAAGAUGCAACAUGAUGUUUUUCUUUCUGUAUACACAACUACAGCCACUCUCAACUACUCUUGCUCGGAAAAAGCAGACGAUGGAUGGCCAGAUGGCGAAGAACACGAAACAAAAGGUCCAAGCUAACAAAGACUAAUCUUUGAGAUAAUCUAACAAAACUACUUCUAACUUGUAUACUUUUCUUAUGCUCUUUUGUUGAUAAAACGAUGUAGUUUUGACCACCCCAAUGCAUAAAUUGGAGGCAUGUUAUGUGCAUGAAAAUGAUUUCAGCCUUCAAUACAAUUAUACAAAACUUUCCUGCAACAAAUAAUGUGAAGUUUUUCUUGUAA